GUCCCAUUGGCUCUGCCAGAUUUGCUACGCGGAUCUUACAUGAGGUGUCCAGGGUUGAAAGGCAGAGAAGCGCUCAUCACAUCUUAGUGUGACAGAUGAGACAGUCUGUAUGUCUUUUACUGAUGUGCAUGGCGAGCUUUGAUUAAAGUGACGUAUUUCACCCUGGAGCAGUGCUUUCUAAUCUCGUCAGAAUAGUUCUCUGGAAGAGGAGAAGAUUACUGUUCUAGUCCUGAAGAGGCUGGAUUGGUGUGUUUUAAAGGCAUCGAGUAUUCAACAUGACGGAUCAUUCUGGCACGGAGUUUGAAAUAGACGUAGAGGGCCUGGAGACCGAGAGCGACGAUCAAGCGGUGUUUACAACCACAGGAGAAGACUCGGGGAGCAAAGACGAAGACAAACCUAGCAGCCUAAACCUAACUUCUGGAGACCAGCGCAAACUGAGCCGCACACCGAAGUGCGCUCGGUGUCGGAACCACGGCGUCGUGUCUUGCCUGAAGGGACACAAGAGAUUCUGCCGAUGGAGAGACUGUCAGUGCGCGAACUGCUUGCUGGUGGUGGAGAGACAGCGGGUCAUGGCUGCACAAGUAGCACUGCGAAGACAACAAGCCACAGAGGACAGGAAGGGGAUAUCUGGAAAACACAUACAAGUGGAAAGACGAACUAUCUAUCAAAGACACAUCCGUCCAUCCACUAUGCUGGCUAAAAGUAUUUUGGAAGGAUACCGUCCAGUCCAGACUGACCCGUUUCUGGGUGCCAAUGCCGCUCUGCCCCCUCCUCUGAGCGACCGUAUGAGAAAGAGAAGAGCCUUUGCUGACAAGGAGCUGGAGACCAUCAUGCUAGAGCGAGAGUAUAAAGAACGGGAGCUUCUCGAGUCCAGCCAGUCGUCCUCUGCUUCUCUCUUCCUGCCAGGCAGCAUGGUCCAUGCUGCUGAGUAUGAUUCCUACAAGACAGCCUUCUCGUCUUCUUCAGCCCCUUCCACGGUUGAACCCAAUCCCAAGGAUCUCUGCAGCUUCCUGCCCGGCUGUCUGGACCUCUCCCUGCAGUAUGCUGCCUCGGGCGGGACGACUGCAAAUGUGGAGCUCAUCUCCUCUAAUGUGAGCGUAGCCACCACUUAUCGCCAGUACCCGCUCUCACCACGCUUCGUGAUGUGGCCACGGGGCAGCAGCAAUAUAAGCGAUGCCCUGUUAUACCAGCAGUGUCUCCUUAAUGCCACGGCGGUCCAGAACAUGAAACCUGGAGCAGUUUGGGACCCAAAGAUGAUGACCUCCACCGAUAGUCACCUGCCAGAGCAAGAGGGUGCAUCGUCCAGAGUUGAGGGAUCUCGAGUGGCCCCAGAGCCAUGUGCCCACCAGCCAGGGCCUGGGGAAGCACAGACAGGACUUGGCCACAAUGGAAGUGCCCGCUCGGCCUUUUCGCCUCCUAAGAGGGCGUACGGACAAGCUUUUUCAAAUGUACCUUCACAUGCAGGGAACCAGCAUGUGUACAACAACAUGAGCAAAGACAAUGCCAAGCACAUUCUGUCCAACAACAUGAGCAAAGACAAUGCCAAGCACACUCUGUCCAUGAAGCUCAACUCAUUUCAUUCCCUCAUACAGCAGAAAUUAAAUGAAAAAAAUCCAGAAGUGAAUGGGCCGUACUGUAAGGAACUGCUGGUGGAAGCAGCCAAAAAGUUCAAAGAGGGAACAGGCAAAGACACAGUCGGAAUCAAAAACUCUGAAAAAGCAGUAAAGGACUUUGUAGCAAAGCCACGGAGCGCCAAAGUUUCCACAGGAGAGUCUCUGUCAUUCUCAGUGGAGGCCAUAUUAAAAAGACCUUCACUUUCUUUAAAUCGGACAUCCCAGUAAGCCUUGUUGAAUAAUAAUAAUCUCAAAUGUACAUGCUAACUUUGGUACUAAUUGUAUAUUUAUUUACAUACGUAUAUGGAAAUUUAUAAAAGAGAGCUAUCAAGAAUUUGGAAGCAAGCAAAUGAAAUCUAAAACAAAACGUGCUGUUUUUUCUGUAUAUUUAAAAAUGUACAUAUUUUAGACAUGCAUGUUGUGCAUUAUCAUACAUCAUAAUGUGUAGAGUAUUUAAAUGUAAAUGUUAAUUUUGCAACUUUAAA